AUGACGGACUUUACCUUAUUCUCUGGCACAUCCAGUCAGCCACCACUACCAAAGGACACUCAAGAGCAAACCUUUACAUUGUCAGCUACUGCGGGCUCAGACAUUUGGCGUACUGUAAAGGCAGCCGGUGGUCGAGACGACUUCAAUGGACCAAUCUACGCCACGAAAGUACCCUUGAAGUCUUUCCAGCACGCAGCCGCCACCAUUUCGGCGGACUUUCAGACGCCGUAUGCCCAGGGCGGUCUCAUCAUCUUCUUCCCAGGCAGGUCCGCAAUUAUUACACAGAACGAGGACGGAACCACCGUUUUCGAGACAUCACCAGAGUGGUGGAUCAAGACUGGCAUCGAGUUUGAAAACGGCUCUCUCUUCGCAUCCGUUGUCACGGCAAAUCCCUCUGCCGACUGGAGCCUGGCCUUGCUGGGGACCAACAAGGCCACGUUUGAAGUGGAAAGAUCGCAUGGCGCAUUGUGGAUAUAUGUCACCAAGCAGAAUGAGCCGAGGGUCCCAUUGAGAGAGGUGACAUGGGUAUUCGAAAACGAAAAUGAUGGUCGUGAGGUCUGGAUUGGGGUUGCCGCUUGUAUGCCUGUUGGUGAAAAGGACUCUGGUGGCGGUGAUUUGAAUGUCUUGUAUGAGAACUUUUCAUUGAGGACCGUUUGA